AUGGAGGGUGAAAGAAACCCACCCACUGCCCUAAGAUGCAGCAACGUUGCUCAGCUGCAUCAGCAGGUGGGGAACUAUUGUCUCCUCAAGACACUUGGGGAAGGCAACUUUGGCCAGGUGAAGCUGGCACUUAAUGUAGAGACCUAUGAAGAGGUCGCGAUAAAGAUCAUUCAGAAGACUCGGCUGAGUCCUGCUAGUCUGCAGAUGGUAAGGAACGUUGUAAACCUCUCUGGUAAAACAGCGAUCACACGGGCUGGGGACCUCUUUGACUAUAUAGCUGAACAGCAGGAGUUAUUUGAGGAAGAGGCACAGAAUUUAUUCCACCAGGCAGAGAAUAUACUGCUAGACAGCAAUGGAAAUAUUAAAGUUGCGGACUUCGGCCUAGCUACCAUCUAUGGCCUUGGUGCCAAACUGAAGUUACAGUGUGGCACACUAAGCCACCAGGCACCAGAGAUCUUGUUAGCCAUGGAAUAUGAGGGCCCCCAGGUGGACAUAUGGAGUAUGGGGGUCAUCUUAUUCAAUAUGGUUUGUGGAUAUCGGCCAUUUGUUGGGCAGAACCACUGGGAGAUAUGUGAUCAAGCCAUCAGUAGAAGCUUUACUGUCCCUCCAUAUGUGUCCACUGAAUGUGAGGCCCUGAUAAGGAAAAUCCUUGUACCAACACCAAGUGAGAGGGCAACAUUGGAGGAGAUUCUGCAGGACCCGUGGCUUAAUAUUCUGUCCAAUACUGACCUGCCGAGUCCACCUAUGGAGCCAGAACAAGACCAUCUGGUUCCUCUUUCCACAGCUUGUCCAGUCAUAGGGGAAGAGCCUGAGAACAUCAGCAGGCAGGAGACACCAUCACCCCCUUGUAUGGACAACGCACUUACACCUGUGGCAAGUGACAUUUCUUGUCUGCCUCAACCAGAUUUAAUGCUGGAGGAGGAGCAUAACACCGUGAGCAGUAACAGCAGCUCACCUAUUACAGAUGUCCCCAGGAAGACCACAUGGCAGCGGUUCUGCGAUCGCCUUCUAGAAUUUGUUAUCUGGUGUCGCUAA